AUGGCCUCUCACGAAGCUCAAAAUCUUAACCCAGGAGCCAUUUGUGCCGCAAUCUCUCACCUCCAACUAGGUGGCAGUGACCCCUUUGUGAACGGAGAAUUCCAAGGCGGCGAGUGUCGCAUCUUCAGGGUGAGCUUCAAGGAUCACCCAAGCCUGUCAUUGCGUGUCGGCCAUCCUACUGAUGGGAAUCGACAAGACAUUAUUGAUAGCGUUGAUAUGGAAAGGCAUAUUUUUCGGACACUGGAGGAAAAAGGCUUCACUUGGUUCCCUCACUACCGUGGCGCCAGCCUCACAUUUGACAACCCAAUCAAGUAUCCAUUCAUGGUGCUAGAAUGGAUUGAAGGCUCCCCUUUGAGAUGGGAUGACGAUACCCCAUCGCAGCCUAUUCGUGGCGCCUUGCUUGCCCAAAUAGCUGAGAUUCAACUUUCAUUGAUAUCGAGUACCUUAGAAACGCGAUCUAUAACUGCGUCGACUUUCUUCGAACGACGGAUCAGAAAUCAGCUUAAUCGCGCACAUGAUGGUAAACUCCCUGGUCUCACCGCGAAGGACUGUCUCGACCAGCUAGCACUGCUUCCCAAGGUUCUCGGCCAAGAUGGCAAUAGUAGACUCUUUGCCAUGGACCAUGGCGAUAUGAAGCCAGCGAACAUCAUUGUUGACGAAGAGUAUAAUGUAAAAUGUAUUAUUGACUGGGGAUUUGCGGCAAUUGUUCCUCUCGCUCAAGCGGCCAAGUUGCCGUGUUUCUUGUGGACGGAUGAAUCAGCAACUUGUGCCCCAAGCCGAAGCAUGCUCAAGGAUAGACAAAUAUACGUCGGAUCGUUUUCAUCGCAAAAUUCGCAGGCAGCUCUAAUCAUGAAGCGCUGGCAAGGCGCCAAGGACGUUGACUUUCGCACACUCUACUUGGAGUCCAUAUCGAGCAAGGGGAUGCUCGCAUCCAUGGCAAGCUUAGGUUGGAAGUUACCGUAUUGCGAAUUUAUUGAAGAAUUCUAG